AUGAACAGGCCAAGUGCAAAAGAAAUUUAUAAAGAAUUGGAUAGUUGGAGCCAUAUUAUAAAUAAAAGCUGGGAUAAUAUAAUUGAUGACUUGAACUGGAAUAAUAAAAAAUCGGAAAUAAAAAGAGCGUUUCAAGCAGCUAAUUCCACUGUUCCAAAAUCGUUUACAACAUUACAAGGCAAUUUCCGAGAUACAUUUCAGUUUGUCAAUACCUUUGAAGAAGACAUAUAUGAUUAUGAGAAUCUAGUAAAAAUAAAUUAUAUUUUAAGAGCAUAUAAGAAAUUUUGUAAAGCUGAAGGAGAGAAAAAUAUGAGCCUACUUUUCAAAGCUUUUAUAACAACUGUUAUAGUUUCUGUA